CGCGAGCAGCAGCUGGGGAGGGGGUCGCGGAGCCGGAGCGCGAGCAAAACAGCUGAUCCGAUUUUCCUUUAAAGCGAGAGAAAAUGGAAGUCGGGUAGCGGUGACUGCGGCGCUGCGGGCUGACCGAGCGGAGCGGAGCGGCGCGGCGCGGCAGAGUUCUCAGGGGCUGUUGUCUCACACCUUCUUCUGGGGGCAACAAUGGGCCAUUUCCAGCAGGGAUGGUGCAGCAUCACCCCGGAUGCCUGACUGCCACACAUCUCCAGAGCAUCACACUGUCUGAAAAGUGGAAGUGACAAAAGAGGAGACUCUCCCGGCCGAGGCUCCGGUGCAUGGAGAGAAGGAAGAAGACAAUCUCCUAAUUGGUACCAUAUACAUCAGAUGGAUGGUUUCUAGCCUGCUUCCAAACCCCACCUCGGCUGAGUGUUGGGCAGCCCUUCUACAUGAUCAUAUGACUCUUGAUAUGGACGCAGUCCUGUCAGACUUUGUUCGGUCCACAGGGGCAGAACCUGGUCUGGCCAGAGACCUGCUGGAAGGCAAAAACUGGGACCUGACAGCCGCUCUGAGUGACUAUGAGCAGCUCCGACAGGUGCACACAGCCAACCUGCCGCAUGUGUUCAAUGAGGGCAGGUGCCCCAAGCAGCCAGAGCGAGAGCCACCCCAGCCGGGGCAUAAGGGGGAGCGGCCCUGCCUGCAGAGGCAGGACGACAUUGCCCAAGAAAAGCGACUUUCCCGGGGUAUUUCCCAUGCCAGCUCAGCCAUCGUCUCCCUGGCCCGGUCCCACGUGGCAAGUGAGUGCAACAACGAGCAGUUCCCUCUGGAGAUGCCAAUCUACACAUUCCAGUUGCCAGAUCUGAGCGUGUACAGCGAAGACUUCAGGAGCUUCAUCGAACGGGACCUGAUCGAGCAGGCAACAAUGGUAGCUUUGGAGCAGGCAGGUCGCCUGAACUGGUGGUCCACUGUGUGCACAAGCUGCAAACGGCUUCUUCCUUUGGCCACAACAGGUGACGGGAACUGCCUUUUACACGCCGCCUCACUGGGAAUGUGGGGGUUCCACGACCGAGACCUGGUUUUGCGGAAAGCUCUCUACACCAUGAUGAGGACAGGGGCUGAGAGGGAAGCCCUGAAGCGGAGGUGGAGGUGGCAGCAGACGCAGCAGAACAAGGAGUCAGGGCUGGUGUACACCGAGGAGGAGUGGGAGCGAGAGUGGACGGAGCUGCUGAAGUUGGCCUCCAGCGAGCCGCGUACGCACUUCAGCAAGAACGGCGGCACGGGCGGGGGUGUGGACAACUCUGAGGACCCCGUGUACGAGAGUCUAGAAGAGUUCCACGUUUUUGUCCUAGCCCAUAUAUUAAGAAGACCAAUUGUUGUCGUAGCAGAUACGAUGUUGAGAGACUCUGGCGGAGAAGCAUUUGCUCCGAUUCCAUUUGGAGGGAUUUACUUGCCCUUGGAGGUACCUCCCAACAGAUGCCACUGCUCACCUCUGGUUCUUGCCUACGAUCAAGCGCAUUUCUCUGCCCUCGUGUCCAUGGAGCAGAGAGAUCAACAAAGAGAACAAGCCGUGAUCCCCCUGACGGAUUCGGAGCACAAGCUGCUGCCUCUGCACUUUGCCGUGGACCCCGGCAAGGACUGGGAGUGGGGGAAAGACGACAAUGAUAACGCCCGGCUAGCCCACCUGAUCCUGUCGCUAGAAGCCAAGCUGAACCUUCUGCACAGCUACAUGAAUGUGACGUGGAUCCGGAUCCCCUCCGAGACCCGGGCCCCUCUGGCGCAGCCGGAGUCCCCAACAGCCUCCGCGGGGGAGGAUGUGCAGUCCCUGGCCGACUCGCUGGACUCGGACCGCGACUCGGUGUGCAGCAAUUCCAACAGCAAUAAUGGCAAGAACGGCAAGGACAAGGAGAAGGAGAAGCAGCGCAAGGAAAAGGACAAGACCCGCGCGGACUCUGUGGCCAACAAGCUGGGCAGCUUCAGCAAGACGCUGGGCAUCAAGCUGAAGAAAAACAUGGGCGGCCUUGGCGGCCUGGUGCACGGCAAGAUGGGCCGCGCCAACUCCGCCAACGGCAAGAACGGCGACGGGCCCGAGCGCGGCAAGGAGAAGAAGGCCAAGUCGCGCAAGGGCAGCAAGGAGGAGUCGGGCGCGUCGGCGAGCACGUCGCCCUCGGAGAAGACCACGCCGUCGCCCACGGACAAGGCGGCGGGCGCGUCGCCGGCCGAGAAGGGCGGCGGGCCGCGGGGCGACGCCUGGAAGUACAGCACGGACGUGAAGCUGAGCCUCAACAUCCUGCGCGCCGCCAUGCAGGGCGAGCGCAAGUUCAUCUUCGCCGGCCUGCUGCUCACCAGCCACCGGCACCAGUUCCACGAGGAGAUGAUCGGCUACUACCUGACCAGCGCGCAGGAGCGCUUCAGCGCCGAGCAGGAGCAGCGGCGCCGCGAUGCCGCCGCCGCCGCCGCCGCCUCCACGGCCAAGCGGCCGCCGCGCAGGCCGGAGGGCGGCGCGCGGCGCGCGGGCCAAAGCGGACCGGUACCCGGCCGCAGCCCGCCGGCACCGGCUCGCCAGAGCGUCAUCCACGUGCAGGCGGCGGGCGCGCGGGACGAGGCGUGCGCGCCGGCCGUGGGCGCGCUGCGGCCGUGCGCCACGUACCCGCAGCAGAACCGCUCGCUGUCGUCGCAGAGCUACAGCCCCGCGCGCGCCGCCGCCCUGCGCACCGUCAACACGGUCGAGUCGCUGGCGCGCGCCGUCCCGGGCGCCCUGCCCGGCGCGGCGGGCGCGGCGGGCGCGACGGAGCACAAGUCGCAGACCUACACCAACGGCUUCGGCGCCGCGCGCGACGGCCUGGAGUUCGCCGACGCCGACGCGCCGGCCGCCCGCUCGAACGGUGAGGGCGGCCGCGGCGGCGCGGGGCCGGCGCAGCGGCGCUGCCAGCGCGAGAACUGCGCGUUCUACGGGCGCGCCGAGACCGAGCACUUCUGCUCGUACUGCUACCGCGAGGAGCUGCGGCGGCGGCGCGAGGCACGCGGGGCCCGGCCGUGAGCGCGCCGGCGCAAGCGGUGACCCUGCAGGGGUUCUUUUCCAUCCUGUCGGUGUCUUUUUUACAUGCCCUGGUCACCCGAAAGGCCGGCGACUUCUCUGUCAGUGCUGUGUACGUGUUUGGUCAAACGUUCCUAAUGGUGCCUGAACCUACACUGACGCCUCUCAGGUAGUAGACGGAUAGGAAACAAGUCAUACUGUUGGAAGUGGGUGUGCUAGCUAGCAUCUGCCUCGUACCUGUGGAAACUCAAUAGCCAUUGCAAGAGUAUUUUUGUUCCUCAAUAAGAGAAAUAAAGAAAUUUGCAGCCCUUUGUUUUUAGAAGGGAGUGUUCUA